GAGAAGCCAAAGAUCAUCAGAGCAAGUCUAGAAAGAAAACCUUUAAUAGGCAAAUAUGGCUCAGGUAACUGAGAUCCUUUCCUGUAAUCGUAUGAUAAAAAAGGCACACAAGCUUGACCACGGAGGAAACCUUAUGAUGGCAGCUUUGCCUCACGGCGACCUUCAAAUCUUAAUAACGUUUACUGGAAGCCAUAGGAAUGAACGAACAGAUUUUAAAGUUGACCAAUCCCUUCAAUAUAUGGCAAAUACCUUAAGUAUUGAGUUAGAUGGCAAACUCUAUUACUUGUGUGCAGAGGGGGACAAGGUGUUUCUACAGAAACUGGUUGCCAAACAACCCAAUGACAAAAAAUACAUGUUUGAAGUUAAAUAUGUAAAUGACAGCAGCAAUUAUAUGUCUAUUAAAUCAAUAAACACUGGGAAGUACCUUGCCAGUGAUGAGGAUGGCAAAGCAUUUAUGGAGGAAGUCAACCCCUCCUCAUUGGUUGAUGGUCAGCCAAUAGACAGACAAACAUGGUUUUAUCUGCAUCGCAUGGAAACAGUGAAAAGGGAAAGAGAAAGUACCUUACACAGUUGUUACUGUGAUGGUGCAAGUCUUGACUAUUCAGUCCUGUAUCAAACUCAAGUGGAAGCUUGUUAGGUGUUAAUAAAUUGCAAUUUUAAAAUAUGUGUAGAGGAAUAAGUUAGGAGAAUUUUAAAAUUGUUUUCAAUCUUGGAACUAUUUUGCACUAGGAGUUCAAAGAUUUAUUAUUUUGUUUUUUAAACGGAGUAUAUUUAUUUGUUUUUGGCAUCAUACUUUUGAUAAGCAUUUAACAUUUUGAGAUGUAAUGAAGAAGAAAUAAGCUCAAUUGUUUUUUAAAAUUUAGACUAUUUUUCAUAAAAUAAUGCAGUAUAUUUUUUAAAGCUUGAUAUGUAGAAGGCCUACUAAUAUUUUAAAGUAUUACUUAACUGUUGCUGACAAAUUGUUGUUCACAGUAACUUCAAGUGGCAAAAUACAACUUAAAAUGUUCUAAGUAAUAUAAAU